GGCGGCCCCCUCUCCUUCCCAUCGGCCUCAGCUUGCGGGCCUUUCAAACAUGGAGGAGCGGGAGAGGGGGGCGAGGUCGGCUCGCGCCGGCAGCCCUGCGCGCCCGCCCAGCCCGCGGCUGGAUGUCAGCUCUGACAGCUUCGACCCACUGCUGGCCCUGUACGCGCCUCGCCUGCCUCCCAUCCCCUACCCCAACGCGCCCUGCUUCAACAACCUGGCCGAGUACGAGAGCUUCCUCAGGACCGGGUGCCGGGGCGGCGGGCGCGGACGGGCGCGGGGCGCAGCCGCGGGCUCUGGGGACCCCGCCACCGCCGCCGCCGGGCCCUUGGGCAGGACCCGCCGCCGCCCGGACAUCCCCGCCCCGGACCCCGAGCGCAUCCAGCGCCUCCGCCGCCUCAUGGUGGCCAAGGAGGAAGGGGACGGGGCCGCCGGGGCGCGGCGGCGGGGUCCGGGUCGGAGCAGGAAGGCGCCGCGCAACGUGCUCACGAGAAUGCCCUUGCACGAAGGCAGCCCUCUGGGUGAACUCCAUCGUUGUAUCCGGGAGGGGGUGAAGGUGAAUGUUCACAUCCGCACUUUCAAGGGACUUCGGGGCGUCUGUACGGGCUUCCUUGUUGCAUUUGACAAGUUCUGGAAUAUGGCACUUACUGAUGUGGAUGAGACCUACCGAAAACCUGUUCUAGGCAAAGCAUAUGAACGGGAUUCUUCAUUGACUCUCACUAGGCUCUUUGAUCGACUAAAACUGCAGGAUUCCUCCAAGAAGGAAACAGAUUCCAAGUCUGCAGUUGAAGACUCCACUCUGUCCAGAUACUCCCAGACAUCCACCUGGAAGGUGGCUUCAGUGUGGGGACGAGGAGACACUGACCGGGGUUCACGCAAGCGUUCCCGCUCCGUCCCUUCUUCCCUGCAGGCAUCGGCAAGGGAGGAGUCCAGGUCAGAGCUGUCAGGGAGGACUACACAGACAGAAGGGUCGAGUGCGGGAGGUACCUUUUCCAGGGCCACCACCCUUUCCAGGGGCCAGCCCCGUAAGAAAAAGCGAAAGCCCAAAGUGGAUUACCAGCAGGUAUUCACUCGACACAUAAAUCAGAUUUUCAUUCGAGGCGAGAAUGUCCUGCUGGUUCAUCUUGCACAGUGACCAGCUCGGCCUCACUUGAGCUUUGGUUUUUCGAAAUAAGAUGCAUGAAUCGCUGCUAUGCUAUAUCCUAGUAUCCCAGUGAAGCUAUGAGUUGGAAUGAUUCCCUCUGGUCUGCCAUGUGCAGAGCAUAGAGCCAGGCUCGGGCCUUCUGGGAGAUGAGGUCCCUGAAGGGGAAAUAGGCCUUGAGAGGGUGGGUGGGUGUGUGCAUUAAUAUCAAGGCAAAAGCUGUACAGAGGUACAUGCAUCUUAUUUGGUAUCGUGGUCUACUUCAGACACUCAAACCAAAUACUAGAUUUGAAUUAGGGAGCAUGGUAUGAAUUGAAUUCACUCCACAGACACUAUAGCACGGUGAAGAAAAAAAACACCUCAAAAAGAAUGAUCUCAUUUCUAAAAGCUAGUGUCCUGAGUACUCAUAAAUUUGUUUCUAAGAGUAGCAGUAUAAAUCACCCUGAGCCCUGAACCCACAUCUUGUAAAUGACCUUUGAAUUUUGCUCUACACCAUUCUCUCUUGAUCAAGAAAUGUAAUUUGUUAUCUUUUAAUAUCUAUAAGAUAUAAGAAGCCCACCAGUUUAUGUAAGAGUGAAAUUUGGGUAGGUGGUAUGCUCAAAGCAUCUAGCAAUGAAUGCUGUGUUUUUAUGCCUCUCCACUUUAUGGAAAGAAAUAUGGGACCUCGUUGUUGGUCUUCCUCUUGCCAGAGAUAGCUUCUGCAGAUGGUGUACCAGAUGGGACUAUAAGAUGCUCUUGUCCUUCUCUUUCACUUCUGUGGCAUGGUGCUAGUGCAUGUACCCUGUGUAUUGCCCCUCUGUAUAUAGUGUGACCUGUCCUGUGAGCUUUAUGUCAGGAGACUGUGACCUUCAUGUCUGGCUUCAAAGAGUUCUGCGUGGACUCAAUAAUACACACUCAUCAUGUGGCCGAGAGUACUCUUUCCAGGCAGGGCUGGCCCCUGUCUAGAGUAUCUUUUAGGAUGGUUUCCAUGAAACAGGGGUGGAGUUUUAUUCCCUUGUUUCAGACCAAAGAGGUUCUCACAAAGUACAGCGGUGGUGUCUGUAAGGGACACUUUACUCAGCCUGGCUUGAGUAACAGGAACACUAGACCACCUGCUACUACUUCUACUUGAACCAUAUGCUUUUCCAAUCACCAGUGCAAAAUAGGCUAUAUCUUGACACAGACUGUUAGGCAAUGUUGACCUUUUGUUUUGUUAGUUUAUACAUUAUUUGGUUUUAUUUUAGAUAACUUAGGUUCAAAGUGAGAAUGAUAAAUAGCUAACUAGUUAAAACGUUUGAAAAGAAAAACUUCCUCUGCUGUAUUUGUCGUGUUACUUAAAUAAGCCUUCUGAGAAGCUGGUGAAUCAAGUUCAAGGAGCUGGGACUCUGGCUCAUCAUGUAGUGAGAGGAGAGCAGACUAACCCCUCUGUGCCUCAGUUUUUUCCCACCAGACACCUACCUCACAGGGGCACUGAGUAAAAGAAUUUGGGGAAGGCAUUUUAAAGUCUUUUAACACGUGUAAGUGCCGUGAGUGAUUUUUACUCACCCUGUUUCAUAGCUUGGUAAAAGUUCAGUGUUUCAUGAGCAAGGUAGGUGCUAUAUAAUAUCAGAGAGUAAUCUCCAUAGGUGUCACAGUUACGAUCUUGUUAUCAAAAAGCAGUGAUAUCUUCAGGAACUGUUUUCCAUAUUCCGUUCCUUCCUCCUAAGGGACAAUGGAAGUGUUCAGAAGAGUAUCUUCAGUAAAGGAAGAGGGGCAUUUCGUUGCUCCCCCCCCCCCCCCCGCCGUAUCCCAGCCCCCGCCCUCUGCUGGUCAGGAUGAGAGGGAAUUCCACUGCACUUUCUGAGGGGUUUAUAUGACAGCACCGAAGGAAGGAUGCGCACCUAAAAACAACGCAUCCCCAAAGAGGCAUCUGUGGAAGUUGUUUUGUUUUGUUUAUUUGAUUUUGUUUCAAAAUGCAUUUUAAAUAUACUCUUUAGAGCCAGAUUAGGUGCACUAAACAUUUAGAGAAGUUCUAGGUUACAAACGCUCGUGAACAAUUAUCUUUGGAAUCUGCCAGUCUAAAUCUCUUCUAAACAGUAUGGCUAAAAUCUCAGUUCCCCAAUUAGUAGUUGUCUUGUUUAAUCAUCAGGCACCCCUGCCUCUACCUCUUUACCAGUCCUCCCUGUUUGGCAGUCGCCAUCUGUCUGUCCUCUUGUCCCUCAGCUAGAAGCUGUAAUGGUUACUAGAUUUUCCCAAUAAAGUGGAAAUUUGGAAUCAAAAGGAAUAUAAUCAAUUUCCAUUCAUUGUAGUGCCUGAUUAAAUCUAACCUGAUUUAUUUUAAACACA